AUGGCUCCCAAAGUUCUCAUUGUGCUAACCUCGCAGGACAAAAUUCCUGCUACUAGGCACCCUACUGGAUGGUUCUUGCCUGAGUUUGCUCACCCGUGGGAGGUCCUUCACCAGAAGGUUGAUGUCGUUAUCGCCUCGCCGAACGGAGGUGAGGCACCUCUUGACCCUGGCUCGAUCACAAUGUUCGAGGAAGAUGCUGUAUCAGUUAAAUUUCUGAAAGAGCAAAAGAGUCUUUGGCAACGUACUGUCAAGCUUUCAGAUGUCUUGCCCAGAGUCUCUGGUUUUGACGCUCUCUUCUACGUUGGCGGUCAUGGACCUAUGUUCGACCUUCACUAUGACCAAACCUCUCUUGCUUUGAUUCAAGCUUUCAGCGCAGCUAAGAGACCUGUAUCUGCGGUCUGCCAUGGUCCCACUGUAUUUGUCAAGGCCACAACCCGCUCUGGAGAGCCGUUACUUUCGCACGCCACUGUCACUGGCUUUUCCAAUGUCGAGGAAGACCAGGCAGCCAUGACGGAGUUCAUGCCUUAUUCGCUUGAGGACGAGUUGAACAAGGUCAGCGGAGGUGGGUAUGUCAAGGCUGACAAGCCAUGGGCAGAGAAGGUGGUCGUUUCCAAAACUGUGGAUGGAGCCAUCUUGAUCACUGGUCAAAACCCUGCCAGUGGGGCGCGUGUGGGUGAGGCGAUUUUGGAGGCAUUGAAAAUCUAA